CCUCCGCGGGCUCCGGCUGCGGAUCCAGCGUUGACUAUUUUAUUUUUGGGGGGUCGUGCACAAGCCUCCGUGCCUGCACCCAGCGUCCCCUCGGCCCGCGGGCGCCGCCUCGCUCGGUUCCGAAGCCCCAGACCCCGGCCAGGUGCCGCGAGCCUCUGCUGCUGCUGGGAUCUGCUUGGGGGGUGCUGGUUUCCCGACAUUUUUGUUUCCAGCCCAGGAGAGGAUAUCGUGCUUUUUUUUUUUUUUUUUCCUUCCCCCUUUGAGUCCAGGCUCUGCUCUCUGGGGGGGUGGGGGGCGCGCCGAGCAGGGGAGCCGUGCCAGCCGAGUCGUGCGGGCUGUGGCAGGGAAGGGGCCACCAUGGGAUGUACUCUGAGCGCAGAGGAGAGAGCCGCCCUCGAGCGGAGCAAGGCGAUUGAGAAAAACCUCAAAGAGGAUGGCAUCAGCGCCGCCAAAGACGUGAAAUUACUCCUGCUGGGGGCUGGAGAAUCGGGAAAAAGCACCAUUGUGAAGCAGAUGAAGAUCAUCCACGAAGAUGGCUUCUCUGGGGAAGACGUGAAACAGUACAAGCCUGUUGUCUACAGCAACACCAUCCAGUCCCUGGCAGCCAUUGUCCGGGCCAUGGACACUUUGGGCAUCGAAUAUGGUGACAAGGAGAGAAAGGCCGACGCCAAGAUGGUGUGUGACGUGGUGAGCCGGAUGGAAGACACCGAGCCCUUCUCUGCAGAACUGCUGUCCGCCAUGAUGCGACUCUGGGGCGACUCAGGGAUCCAGGAGUGCUUCAACCGGUCUCGGGAGUAUCAGCUCAAUGACUCUGCCAAAUACUACCUGGACAGCCUGGACCGGAUUGGGGCCGCCGACUACCAGCCCACCGAGCAGGACAUCCUCCGAACCAGGGUCAAAACCACUGGCAUCGUAGAAACCCACUUCACAUUCAAGAACCUUCACUUCAGGCUGUUUGACGUCGGGGGCCAGCGAUCUGAACGCAAGAAGUGGAUCCACUGCUUCGAGGACGUCACGGCCAUCAUCUUCUGCGUCGCGCUCAGCGGCUACGACCAGGUGCUCCACGAAGACGAAACCACGAACCGCAUGCACGAGUCUCUGAAGCUUUUCGACAGCAUCUGCAACAACAAAUGGUUCACGGACACGUCCAUCAUCCUGUUUCUGAACAAGAAGGACAUAUUUGAAGAGAAGAUCAAGAAGUCCCCGCUAACCAUCUGCUUUCCUGAGUACACAGGCCCCAGCGCCUUCACGGAAGCCGUGGCUUACAUCCAGGCCCAGUACGAGAGCAAGAACAAGUCAGCACACAAGGAGAUCUACACCCACGUCACCUGCGCCACGGACACCAACAACAUCCAGUUUGUCUUUGACGCCGUGACGGACGUCAUCAUCGCCAAAAACCUGCGGGGCUGUGGACUCUACUGAGCCCCGGCUGCCCUGCCCGGCCCAGCACCCCACCCCUGCCCCGGAGCCUUCCUCUGUCACCUCUCAGACCGCUCUGUGCACGGAGGAAGAAGACCCCAGAGGCUCCCACCGGAGGAAGGGCCACCCCCACCCCCACUCUCCAACAGCAUCACAGUGUGGUAACAGGGGCUGGGCCGGGGCGCCGAGCACCACACCCCAGGCAGGGGACUGCCUCGCACCGCACACGCCUGUGCCCACACUCUGGCCUCUGCUCCGUCUCAAAGUAUCGGAUCUUGCGGUGGGGGUGGGGGUGGGGGCGGCGGCCAUGCCUUGCGCUCUAUGACUCACACUCACAGUCUUGGGGGCUCCUCCUGCUGUCCGGGCUAUGCAGGGGGUGAGGAUGGCCCUAUGGCAGGGUGCUGGCAGAUGGGAGGCAGAUGGUGGAAGCCAUCUCUCAGCUCUGCCUGGGAUCCCUGGGCAAAGGCAGCUCCAUCACCAAAAGCCAGGGUGGGGCCAGACCAACCUGGGGAGGGUCCUCGGGGCUCUUGGAGGGCUCAGGCCUUGGGAGUGUCUGCCUCCCCUCCUGUGAUCUCAGCCCUUUCAAGGUACCCCCCCCGCCCCAACCCUUCCUAGGCCCGGAAACACUUUCCAUAUUGCAUAGACAUAUUGCAAAGACAGAUGGCAAGAGAGAGGCCAAAUUGCACACCUGGACAGAAGCUGGGGAGGGGAGGGAGGCUGAGGCCAAGCUCGUGCGUGGACUGGGAAGGGACCUGGGAGUGCCUGUGUUUCUCCAGUGGCCCCGGGCUACACUGCUACCAGGUGAAGCUUUUCCUUCUCCCAUUGGCAGUGCCUCCAACUCAGACUAGCAGGAGCAAACAGAGGCCCUUGGCCUGGGGGUUCUGAUGUUAAGGGGACCCCUGUGGCCAGUGUCCCUGCUCCACUCUGGCUGGAAGUGAGCAAGUCAGGGAGCCCUUGCUGUCUCCCUAUGCCCAGGGGCAGAGGAGGGCCCCAACACAUACCACACCCAACCCGGGGGAGUCCUAGGACCCCGUGGAGAGGGCUUCACCACACAGAUCCCUUAGCAGAAGGAGGCAGGUGGCUUUCCUGGUGAGCCAAGCCUUGUGGCCUUGGGCCAUCAACACCCCUGUUUCCCAGUCCUAGCACCUCCAGUCAGCUAAUGCCAAAACCUGAGGCAGGCCGUGUGAGCUGCUGUGACAGACUGGGCCUGGGGACCCAGAUGUGCCCGUGGGAGGGGAGAGGGCUACGCCUUGAGAGGCCCCCGCCUCCCUCUGUCCUCCUGGCCUGCACUCUGGGUGCUGCUCUGUCCUGAGCCAAGCAGGUGCCCUGGGCUGCCACAUGCCCUGAGUCUGAGAAGAGCCCCAGGCCCACUGUGCUUUUGGUUUCCACAGGCCCAGAGCUCUGAGUGGUGCAGGGAGACCUGGGGCCUUCCCUGGUGCCAGGCGCCUGCAGGGGCAGUGCCACCCCGGCUUGGCUGUGGGAGCCCCCCAUCAGCCCAGACCCACUCCCACUUGGUUCACCUCCGUCAUGUUCUAGACCUUGCACCAGAUGCAGGGACGUGAAGGAGAUGAGGCCCUUGAGGCCAGCAUUGUGCUGUGUGGCCGGCUAGGACCAGUUAAGCCAGGUUGCCCAGUAUUGAAGACAGCAGGUGGUUCCCAGCUUCAGACCCUGGGUAUGGCCAACUGUGCCCCAAAUGUGGCCACAUACAGUGGCCACAGACUCAAAGCAGCUGGCAAGAGGUGGGCACUGGCCAAGCCCCACCCGCAAGGCCAUCAUCCCAGAGGUAGAAGCCACUGGCCCGGCCACCCAGGGCUCUUCAUCAAACCACACACCACAUUGGCUGGAGUAUCAGGCUGGAGGCUGAACCCCAAAGCCAGGCCUUCCUGUCCUGCAGAAUUAGGGGUGGCAAAGCAGGGGCUUCCCCCCCUGCUGUCGCCCCCUGCCCCCAGCUGCCAUUUCUUGCUGUUCUGCUGUUCUCAACCUUCUCGCUGGA